AGAAAAAUCCGUGCACAACCCAACACACAUGAAUGGAGCAGGUUGGUUUAAAUCAUAAACAGAAAUCAAUGAAGAAUAAUUAUCAUUUCUUAGUGAAAUGAGUGUAUUUUUUUCUUAUGAUUUGGUAACUUUCAUUAUGCUUUGUCCAUAAUAAUUUUCAAACAAUGCAUAUAAUAAACAUCCUGUUUUGAGGAUUUGGUUUUGUUUAAGCUUAUGGGAGCUUUGCGGUUUUGUACGCGGCAGCUUGUCAUCGGAGCUUUUACGCCCACAUAGGACUCUUCUCCGUCCGCAACCCCGUCGGAAAUGGGACUUGAGACAGAGACGAAAUAAAAUCUCCAGAGGGGACACUGUUCACGUCAGGCUUUGAAGUUUGAAAAAACAGGACAGAGUCGGGAACCACCACCAUGUCUUCCGCAAUCUCCUCAUCUCUUCGCUUCCUCACCACUAAAAUCCCAAUCUCUCUCUACCCGCCAACCACAUCAAGAACCCUAGCAAUACCCAUCUCUUCCACUAUUACUUUCUUCAAAAGACCAAUCUUUUUCCAAAGAAUUCCCACCAGAAAACCUGUUACAGCAUUAUCAUCCCCGUCAAGUUCUGUGGAGAUUCAACCCAGUGAAGAACUCCCCCCAAAGCUCCAGGAGAUCGUGAGGCUCUUCCAGUCCGUGAAGGACUCCAGGACUAAGUAUGAGCAGCUCAUGUUCUACGGAAAGAACCUCAAGCCACUCGAUAGCCGGUUCACAACAGAGGAAAACAAAGUGGAGGGUUGUGUCUCUCAGGUAUGGGUCAGAACGUACCUCGAUCAGGAGAAGAAUGUGGUUUUUGAGGCGGAUUCUGAUACGUUGUUGACAAAAGGGCUUGCGGCUUUGCUUGUUCAGAGGUUAUCGGGGCGGCCAGUAGAGGAGGUUUUGAGGGUUUCUCCGGAUUUCGUGGUGCUUCUGGGGCUUCAACAGACCUUGACACCUUCGAGGAAUAAUGGGUUCUUGAAUAUGUUGAAGCUAAUGCAGAAAAAGGCACUGGAGGCUUUUGUUUUGGCCGAGAAGGGUACUGGGUCUGUUGGAUCGGAUCCUAUUCGAAAUCCAAUUGAGAAUUUGAGUUCAAGAUUGAAACUUGGUGCCAGUAAUGGGAAUAGGAGUCCUGGCUUGAGCACUGAAGAGGGUAAUGAUGAUCCGGGGUCAAGGAUUAGCAAAUCGGAUUUUGGUGUAUUGGGAAGUAGAGGAUUGAGAAUCAAGGAGCAAUUGGAGAGGGAGCUUGAUCCUGUUGAAUUGAAAGUGGAAGACGUCUCUUAUCAGCACGCAGGGCAUGGUGGUGUAAAAGGUAGUGAUGGGGAGACACAUUUCAACCUGAAAGUUGUGUCUAAAGAGUUUAAAGGGAAGAGCUUGAUUAAGAGCCACAGAUUAAUUUAUGAUUUGUUGCAACAAGAAUUGCAGAGUGCGCUUCAUGCACUAUCAGUAGUAGCAAAGACUCCAGCUGAGGUUGCUGAAAGAUAAUGAGUGCGGAUGACUCAUGACCGCUAGCUCCGGCCUACUAGACUAGAACGCCUGUCCUGUCAUCUCUAUCUCACUCCUACCAUGUGUAGCUUUCACUUUGAGAGUUCCUCCAUCUUACGUUGUACUUAACUCUGUUGCUCUGCAACUGCAUUCUUCGGAGUUGGCAGGGGCAGGGGCAGGUGAUUUGGAAGAUGAGGAGGAUGGUACCAUAGCUUCUCUUUGUCCAUCGGGGCAACCAAAAGACAGACAUACAUAGGAUGCAAGUUUCAGAUACUUGUUGAAGCAUAUCCAAACCUCAUACAAUUGAUUUCGUCCAUUUGACUAGUCUUGGUUGCAACGAAUUCUAACUACUUUUCCCACCCUACGCUUUAUAGCAGUUACUACAAUGUUGUCUAUAACAUAUUCGUAGCCAAAACCCUAAUCUCAAUCGGGAAUUGUUCGAUAGGAUUGUCUUCAACUUUCCUCACGUCGGUUUUCAUUAUGCGGAGCAUUCGGAU